AUGAGUUCGUCUAUGAAGACAAUGGUGCUAGGCCAGCGGGUGGGCGACCACAGCAGUUUUGACCUCAUCCAAAAUCGGAUUGAGUCAUUGAGUGGCAAGAUGGACAAGCUUAUCAACCUUCAAGAGAAGGUCCUUUUUCGUUUGGAUGCCAAGUCCAGUGGUAUUGAAAAGGAUGAAAAGGAGAACGGUCAGUCGCAGGGACAAGACGUCAAGGAGAUUUACCAGGAAAUGAGCACCAUCAUGUCGGCGGUCCACCAGCGCUCAGAGAUUCACGCUCAGAAGUUGGAGGGAAUGGAGAAACUGGUCCUCAGCAUGCAGCAGGUGAUCAGCUUCAUCGGGGAGACGGUCAAGAGCUCCAGAGUUAUGGAGCUCAUGUUCAAAGGUCCUACUGCGAGCAAGGGUAACAAAGGAAAGCAAGUCCCAAAGAGGAAAUCAUCAGACACAAUUAAAAAGCCAGAGAAGAAAACUACCUCUAACAAAGCCCAAAAGGGGAAUGCAGAGAUAGCCGCUGUUUGUGAGCCAGCUAUGCUACCGUCAUCUCACAGGACAAAGUUCCACGGACCAAAGCAUUUCCUCGCCGCUCGCAAAUGUGGAAGCCUCUUCCAGGACCACAGUAAAGAUGGUGCAGAGAAGACCUGUUUGACCCCCAUAGGCCAAAAGACGAUGAAGCCACCAGACACACCAGCUAUCUCAUUGAAGAAGCAGGAGCUGCUUCGAGAAGAGGUGCAGAAACUCAACAGGGAGAAUGCAGAGAAGUCAGCUCAGCAGCUUAGCGCCGUGUUUUUGAAUCCGGAAGCUGACGUUCCCGACCCCGACUCUGACAGCGGCCUGCGGGAAGAUUCCCAAAGCUCCCAGGAGGAGGGGCUUGGCGCUGAAGGCGAUGAGGAAAAGGUGGCUGAUGAAGAUGUGGACGUUACCGAGGAGGUGCUUAAUGUGCAGGAAGUAGUUGAGGAGGAGGUCAAAGAGGAAUUUGAGGAGGAAACACUCGAGGAGGAGGAGGAAGAGGAGGUGGAGAUAGAGGUGGAGGAAAUCACGGUGGAAGAAGAAUCCUCUGAGUCUGACAAUCAAAACGAACAAACAGAUGCAAGUGACGACUGUGAGGCCACUUGCCCAUCUUCCAAAACUGAGCCGGACCCUACGACGGAGCUCUGCGUCGCCGCCGGCUCCUUUGAGACUGAAGAAGUUGUGGGGGUGGAAGAAUACACCAAAGUCCUGGAGGCUGAGGAGGAAGAGCACCAGGAGCAGGAGGUGAAUAAGGAGCAGAAUAAGGAGGACGAGCCGGAGCAGGAGCAGGAGGAGGAGGAGGAGGAGGAGGACUGGGCCGUCUUCCGGGCGGAUGGGGUUGAGUUCCAGUUUGACCUGAGAGAGAGGUUGGCGCAAGAGAGGAAGAAAAUCAAAGCCGAGACUAAGGAACAACAAGAACCUGGGGAUGUAAAACAAUACUUGAUCGACACGACUCCACCGCCGGCAGCGCCGUUCAAUCACCGCGUCGUGUCUGCCAAGCCCAACCAGAUCAGCAACUUCUACACCAUCAACUGGCAGGAGGUCCUAGGCGGGGGUCGUUUUGGCCAAGUGCACAAAUGUGUUGAAAACUCAUCUGGUCUGACGUUGGCAGCCAAGGUCAUCAAGGCCAGGUCCCAGAAAGAAAAGGAGGCGGUGAAGAACGAGAUCCAGGUCAUGAACAAUCUGGACCACGCCAACCUGAUCCAACUGUACGCCGCUUACGAGUCUAGGAAUGACAUCAUCCUCGUGCUUGAAUACGUUGGAGGGGGCGAGCUGUUUGACAGGAUCAUCGAUGAAAACUACACGUUAAUGGAGCUGGACGCCGUGGUGUUCAUCAGGCAGAUCUGUGAGGGCCUGCAGCACAUGCACAAAAUGUACAUCCUCCAUUUGGACUUAAAGCCGGAAAACAUCCUUUGCGUAAGCAGAGUCACUAAUAAAAUCAAGAUCAUCGACUUUGGCCUCGCUAGAAUAUACAAACCCAGGGAGAAGCUGCGCGUCAAUUUCGGUACUCCGGAGUUUCUGGCCCCUGAAGUGAUCAACUACGACUUUGUGUCAUUUAAUACAGACAUGUGGAGCCUUGGCGUCAUCACCUACAUGCUUCUGAGCGGCCUCUGUCCUUUCCUGGGCGACGACGACAAUGAGACGCUCAACAACAUCUUGGCGUGCCAGUGGAACUUCGAAGAGCAAGAGUUUGUGGACACGUCUGAAGAGGCCAAAGACUUCAUCACCAGACUCCUCGUUGUCAAUAAAAGUUGGAGGAUGGGAGCGUCCGAGGCCCUGAGACAUGCUUGGCUGUCUGACGCUAGUCUUCAUCACAAACUUAAUACCAAGAAAACCAUGUGCCGAUCUCGCCGGUCAUCAUGUGUGCCCUCAACAGACAGUUGAGGGUGCCAGUGUGGCACGAUGGCUCGCAGCUGUGGCCACUCCGGACCAAGCCUCCUGACCCCUCGGGCACGAGCGUCAUGUCACCACCGUCGAAAUGAGUGAAAGUGUGGCUCGUAGCGCCAUGUGCUAUCUUUUGUCUGUUUUACAUGUAAAAGCCUCUUUUGGUUUAGUUGGGAUUCAUAAGAUAAACACACUUUUUACUGUAAUCUACCCAAACAUAUAUAUAUAUAUAUAGACACAUAUAUACACACACAGGUAUAUAUCCCUGAUUAAAAUAAUUGUCUAGCUGGAUUGAACAUGCGUUAACCUGUAUGUGAGCCUCACUUGGUGUGUCAGCAUUGCUUUGAAUGUAGACUGCACAUUGUUCUGCUGGUGUUCAACCUCACGUAAGAGUUCUCUGUUGAAGGCGUAAGCAUGUGUUCCGUGUUCCUCCAUGACAGCUGCAACAUGAUUCAGCUCAUGUCUUUUGUAACAUUGUCCCCGACAGCAUAUA